UGCGCGCGGCGGUGCCCGGAUGUGGGAGGCUCCGCCCCCGCUGCCGAGCCUCAGCGCUGCUCGCGCCCCCUCCCCUCGCUCCCUACGCGCUGCUGCGGGUCAGCACCAGCCACUGCCGCAGUGAGGGGAAGCGAAGCCAGGGGCAGCGACGGGUCCGGCGGCGGCGACGCCGAACACGCGUACAGCGAGGCCAGGUCUCGAUAAAUUCAGCUGCAGCGGAGACGCCUGACGCCUACUUGCCGCCAUGGGAAACGAGGCAAGCUACCCUUUGGAAAUGUGCUCGCACUUUGAUGCUGAUGAGAUAAAACGACUAGGAAAGAGAUUUAAGAAGCUUGAUUUGGACAACUCCGGUUCUUUGAGUGUGGAAGAGUUCAUGUCUUUACCUGAAUUGCAACAGAACCCAUUAGUACAGCGAGUAAUAGAUAUAUUUGACACAGAUGGAAAUGGGGAAGUGGACUUCAAAGAAUUUAUAGAAGGAGUCUCCCAGUUCAGUGUCAAAGGAGAUAAGGAACAGAAGUUGAGGUUUGCUUUUCGCAUUUAUGAUAUGGAUAAAGAUGGUUACAUCUCAAAUGGGGAGCUCUUCCAGGUGCUGAAGAUGAUGGUUGGGAACAAUCUCAAAGACACGCAGUUACAGCAAAUUGUAGAUAAAACCAUAAUUAAUGCAGAUAAGGAUGGCGAUGGAAGAAUAUCCUUUGAAGAAUUCUGUGCUGUUGUAGGAGGCCUAGAUAUCCACAAAAAGAUGGUUGUAGACGUGUGACUCUGUAGGGCACCACCCAACACUUUUGCUUUCUUCUCCAUCUCUGAAGAUCUGCUCAAGACGUCCAGCAAUGCUCUCUGUGUAUUUAAAUGGAAGUAUUUUUCUCUGUGAAGCCACAUUUUCCAACAUGAGCCUCAUGAAGCCAACUAAGUGUUAUUGAACUUUGAUUCUCUCAAUAACUCAGUGUAGCACUUUAAAGUCUGAAGGACAGCAAAGAUGGAAAGAGCAUAUCAGUGUGGUGGAGAAAGGGAAGGGGUUGGCUUUUUAAUUUAUUUUUCUUCAUCUUUUAUAACAAGGAAAUAUCUAUAUAUAUAUAUAUGUGUGUGUGUAUUUAUAUAUAGAUAUAUAUGUAGCUUUCUAUAUGUAGUAGCUAGGUGGGCUUUAAUUUAAUAUACUUGAUUCAGAAACAAAAACUAGAGUACAAAGUGCCAAGCAGAAUAUUAACAGUUCAAUAUAUGGAUCAUACAUCCUUACUUUUAUUUCACACAGUUUUAUAUAUAUAGUAGGAGAAUGUAAAAUUUUAACUGGGUGUUAGGUCAACUCUCUUUCCUGUGACUGUUCAGGUGUUUCUAUAUAUUGACUGGCUGACAAAGCAUCGCUUCUUCUUAAUUCACCUUAAUGACUUUUUUUUGUAACACAGGAGACUAAGUUUAUUUAUACCUGUUAAUAUAUUACCAGGGACUGUGUCUCUUUGCUCAGCGACUUCAUACAGUUCUAGUUAAUAGGAGAAUAUAGUUUAAUGCUACUGCCAAGAACCAACCCUCGUGUGCAUAUAGUAACUGCAGAAUGCUUGGAUGGCCGCUUGGUUUUGUCACCUAGGAACUGGGAGCAGUUAUCAGCUGUCCUGAGGUUAAGGCAGAUCUGCUGUUUUGGAUUCGUGUCAGAUACAGCUGAUCAAGGUGUUAGACGCAUUCCUCAUCUUUCUCUCGUGCUUAGCUUAACAAAAUUAGGAUCAAUGUAACUGUGCAGGAUUCCCACCUACUUAUUUUAUACAGUGCUUAGAUGAAAAAAAACCCAACCCAACAAUGUUCUUGCCAUUUAAAUUCUGUUGUUUCAAUCAUGGUAGUUUCCCCUCUAGAUUUAAAGAAUACUACAGGUAGCAUAAAUAACUGGUAAUAUUUUAUAUAUAUAUAUGUAUAUAGGAUUCAUAUGGGGGGGAAAAUCUUGUUAACCUAUGCCAUAGAGGAAGAAAACUUCACACUAUCUAAAUUUAUACCUCUUGCAGUUCUCCAGUCCUUUGCCUGGAGAAUGAUUGUUUUAUUUUUUUUUCUUUUCUAGAUUUGUCCAUAUCAUGAUUUGUAACGGAUGGUAACUUGAUACAUUUGUGUGAUAUAAAAGUAGAGAGCUGCGUUUUACAACUUUAUAUCAUCCCUUCCCUUUUCUGCAAUGGUACUAUUGGCUGGAAGAAAAAAAAAAAACAACAAAAAACUAUUUGCUAGAUUUUUUUAGGACAGUACAUCUUUCCUGUAUAAUAGCUUUUCUAUUUGAAGAAAUUGUUUUAUAAUCAGCAGUGGGAAGUGCAGGUUGUCUGAAUCUACUUCAGUCGAGCACCUGUCUGCCAUAGCUGUUCCUUCAACUGAGUGCUGCACAUCAUGGGCUCUAUCUGUGAGAGAGAAAUCCAGGUGCUUGGUGUCCUUGCAUGACAUGAAGUUUUGCAUGUAGAUCGAUUUGAAAUGUUCCUCUUGUUUACAUAAUUUGCAUAAUUUAAAGGAUAAUGUUGCCAAACUUUGGUAAAUGUUCAUGUUCAAAACAAAACUCUCCACUACAUGUAACUUCUCCUUCCUCUGGAUCAGUACGUGGUUUAUAAUCCCAGCCAGUGGUUGUAUCUGUUCCAGUGUCAACUGCCAUGUGCUCUGCUUCAAGGGGGAACUGGUCUUUUGUGAAUUUUUUUUUUGUACAUAAGUAUUUGUUACAGACAUUUUAGCAAAUGCUUUUGGUUUCUCUUACUUGCUUGUGCAUAUCUUGGCUGGCAUUCUAGAAAUUAGUGCUAAUGUUAUUUCCUUAGGGGGAUUGGAAGGGGAGGGAUGAGGUGUUUUGUUUUGUUCUUUUUUUUUGUUGUUUUGGUUUUGUUUCUAUUUUUUUUUGUUUUAGUUUGUGUGGGGAAAAAUGAUUUAUGUUGAAUGUUUAGUUUUUCCUCUGCAUGCUACAUCAUAUGUUGUGGGAACUAUAAGAACCUUCAUACUAUAUGAAUACAAAAUAAAAUAUUUGAACCUUG